CUAGGAAAAUUGAAUCUUCUUAGUGAGUUGUGCCUUAAUGAGAAUAAUCUUAUUGGUUCAAUCCCACUAACAUUAGGCAAUUUGACAAAACUCGCCCUUCUUUAUCUCUAUGGUAACCGGCUUUCGGGUUAUAUUCCUGAUGAGAUAGGAAAUCUCCACUCUAUGCUUGACUUAGAGCUAAGUACAAACCAGCUCACUGGCCCAAUUCCUUCUUCUCUGGGUAACUUGACCAACUUGGGAUCUUUGUUCCUCCGCCAUAAUCACCUUUCUAGUUCAAUUCCUGAAUCCUUAGGUGAUCUAGUGAACUUGACGGUGCUGCAAUUGGAUACCAACCAGUUAAACGGCUCCUUACCAGAAAACUUAUGCCGAGGUGGGUUGCUCCAAAACCUUACAGUGAAUCACAAUAAUUUAACUGGUUCUAUCCCUAGAAGCUUGAGAAAUUGCGCAAGCCUAGUCAGAGUACGCUUAGAGGAAAACCAGCUCACUGGAAACAUAUCAAAGACCUUUGGUGUCUACCCCAAAUUGGACUUUAUUGACAUGAGUUUCAACAAGUUCUUUGGAGAAAUCUCAACAAACUGGGGAAGUUGCACACACUUAACUAAUCUAAGAAUUGCUGGAAAUAACAUCACUGGUAGCUUGCCUCCUGAGAUUGGGAACGCAACUCGAUUGGGUGAAAUUGAUCUUUCUUCCAAUGGUUUACUUGGUGAGGUCCCGAAAGAAUUUGGAAAAUUAAAUUCUUUGGUGAAUUUAAAUCUAAGCAGGAAUCAACUUUCUGGCCGAAUAAGUCCCGAGAUUGUAUCAUUACCUGGUCUUCAAAAAUUGGAUUUGUCCAAGAAUAGAUUAAGCAUGUCUAUCCCGCAAUCUAUAGGGUUUUCUUCAAACCUGAUCUUCUUGAAUCUAAGCAACAACCAGUUGAGCCAAGAUAUUCCAGGGCAAUUAGGGAUGUUGAUUCACCUAUGGGAGCUAGACUUGAGUCAUAACUUGUUAAGUGGCAGGAUCCCAGUUGAAUUCAACAAGUUGCAAAGCCUAGUGAAACUUGACCUUUCACACAAUAAUCUUUCUGGCCUUAUAUAUGAGACUUUCAAGGAUAUGCGAGGUUUGAUGGAGGUGGACAUCUCUUACAACAAGUUUGAGGGUCCCAUCCCCAACACAACGGCAUUCCAACAUGCAACAAAAGAAUCAUUUCAAGGCAAUGGUGGAUUGUGUGGAAAUGUUGAAGGAUUUGAGCCCUGUGAUCAAACGGUGGUGGAUAGGGAAAGCUCUCUAGUGGGAGGCAAGGUGUUUCUUAUUGUGUUCCCUCUGCUAGGAUUAGUCCUUAUGAUUAUUUUCUUUGGAAUAUUCUUCAUCUUCUGUAGAAUGAAGUCCCAUCCAAUAGGGGAACUAGCACCCAAGACAAUUGAAGUCUUUUCUCUAUCAAAGUACAAUGGCAUGAUUUUAUAUGAAGACAUCAUGGAAGCCACCGGGACUUUUAAUGAGAUUUUUUGUAUUGGAAGGGGAGGCUAUGGAAGUGUCUUUAAGGCUAAAUUAAGAUCCGGCGAUAUAGUAGCCGUAAAGAAGCUCCAUCAAACUGCUGAUAGUGGGCAAACGGAUCAAAAGGAAUUUUUGAAUGAGAUUAGGGCAUUGACGGAAAUUCGACAUCGCAAUAUUGUGAAACUUGUGGGCUUUUGUUCACAUCCACGACACUCAUUCUUGGUGUAUGAGUACUUUGAUAGAGGAAGCUUGUCUACAAUCUUGAGCAAUGAAGAAGAAGCUAAAGAGUUAGACUGGAACAAGAGGGUGAAUAUCGUAAAAGGUGUGGCUCAUGCUUUAUCUUAUAUGCACCAUGAUUGUAUCCUUCCAAUCGUUCAUCGAGAUAUUUCAAGUAACAACAUUCUACUUGAUUCGGAGUACGAGGGGCACGUUUCUGACUUUGGCACGGCUAAGCUUCUUAAGCUAGACACAUCAAACUGGAGUGCAGUUGUUGGCACAUAUGGUUACGUAGCUCCAGAGCUUGCUUACACAAUGAAGGUGACGGAGAAAUGCGAUGUGUAUAGCUUUGGAAUAUUAGCCAUCGAGGUGAUCAAAGGAAGACAUCCAGGUGAUAGCCUUUCAUCUCUAUUAGCUCUGGUCGACAUGGAGAUCUCAGUAGUUUUGAAGAAUAUGUUGGAUUCACGCCUGCCAACGCCCACGCCAGGCAUUGAGGAUGAACUUCUGACCAUCCUAAAGCUUGCGGUCGCUUGCGUAUCUGCUAAUCCCCAACUCAGGCCGUCGAUGGAAAUGAUUUCUCAUGUGCUAUCUGCGCGUUCAACCAUUUUCAAUGGAGUUAAAAAAUCACAGAAGCCCACUGAUCCUGUGGGAGAUGCAACAAAUUCAAGCAGUGAACCGGAUAAAUUUGUAGAAGAUGUCGUCUGAUAAACGAUUUUGCUCUGUCAACCACAUGCAGGAAGGAGAAAUAUUUUGACCGGAAACAAAAUUACGUGUUUAGCGCACCAGCAUGAGGAUGAGGACUGCAUGUCCUUCAUGCCCAAGUAAGUAUAGAACUGCCUUUUCUUUUGGAAGGAGCAAACCCUGAAGUUACUAGCAUCUAGUUUCAUUUGUAGAGAGAACAGCUGAACUCGAGAUAUUUCAAACUAUUUAUGUAUCUAGUCUUAUUCAGACUAGUGUCGUCGCAGCAAAAGCUAUGUACGCAUGUUUAGUUAUAGUUAGAAAAAAUGACUUUCGUGUCAGUGUAAAGUUGCUUAUGUAUCUAGUGUUAUCAUCUCGAGAGCAAAA